AUGAGCUUGCGACCUCGCCUGCGUGUACGCGCCCCGCUGAGCGCUCUCCGACCCUCGUUCGGCGCGCCACGCGCACGGUUAGCACGAUACAGCUCCUCAACGUCCGGAUCUGAUUCUUCUGCUUCGUCUGGGAGUCUGGUGCCAUAUCUGCUGAUAGGGUCUAUCGGGGGAGGUACUGCACUUGUGGUGAAGGAUCAACUGGAUAAAUGGGCGAAGGGACCUGCGUCAAAGUCUGACGCGCACAACGAGCCAGCGCCCCCAUCUGCAGCUGAGACGAAGGCUGAGCCCGGCAUCAAACCAUAUGCGAAUGCGGAAGAGUGCAAGGCUGCCAUUGAGGAACUGCGUGCGGCAUUACCCAGCGAAGGCGCGGUCCGGACAGACCCCAAGCUAUUACAGACAUACGGCCACUCCGACAACUCGUACCACCCGGAUUCACCCCAUGCGGUCAUUGUGCGCCCAGCGAACACAGAGGACGUGGUGAAUAUCGUGAACAUUGCGAGGAAGUACAGGAUGCCGGUCACGCCGUAUAGUGGCGCGACAAGUCUAGAAGGACACUAUGCGGGCUUCUCCACGGGCAGCAUAUGCAUUGACAUGGGUCUCAUGAACAAGAUCAUAGAGGUUCAUGAGAACGAUGCCGAUCUCGUUUGUCAGCCGGCAGCCAAGUGGGAGGACAUCAAUGCAUAUCUGAAAGAGCAGGGUUUGCCUCUCUUCUUCCCGCUUGAUCCAGGUCCGGGAGCAACGAUCGGCGGCAUGAUUGGAACGGGUUGCUCAGGAACUAACGCCGUUCGUUACGGAACCGCCAGGGCGGAGUGGUUCUUGAACCUGACAGUCGUGCUUCCGAACGGCGAAGUGAUCAAGACCAAGCAACGCGCGAGGAAAUCCUCGACGGGCUUCGACACAACCAAGCUCUUCGUUGGAGCUGAGGGUACCCUUGGCGUCGUUACCGAAGUGACGCUUCGUCUGGCCCCACUGCUUCCAACAAAGGUCGCAAUGGCCCAGUUUACAGAUGUUGGUCAUGCUGUCAGCGCCGUACAAGAGAUUUUGCAAUCUCCAUACGGUAGCCACGUUCAGUGCGUCGAGCUUCUGGACGACAACAUGAUGUCAGCUCUCAACGGGACCGGCCUACUCGAAGAUCCCCUUCCCGUUCAAGACUCGCUCUUCUUCAAGAUCCAAGGCGCACCAGAAGCCGUCGCAGCCACAGCCGACUUGAUCCAAAAGAUCGCAUCCUCGCACGGCUCGGAACGCUUCGCGUUCGCUAAGACGGACGAGGAAGCGGACUCGCUGUGGAUGAACCGCAAGUACGCGUUGAACGCGACGUUGAGCUCGAUCCCUGGCUCGCGCUGUUGGACGACGGAUGUUUGUGUUCCAGUUAGUCGGCUACCGGAACUCGUGUAUGAGACGAAGAAGGACCUUGCGAACGCUGGUAUCAAGAGCACCAUCGUCGGGCAUGUCGGUGACGGCAACUUCCACUCGCUUAUGCUGUUCCAAGACGACUCGGAACUACCAGGCAUCAAUGCCGCAUCUGACCGGCUCGUCAAGCGUGCGCUCGCGCUCGAGGGGACUUGCACCGGCGAACACGGCGUCGGUGUAGGCAAGAAGAAGUACCUCGUUAAGGAGCUCGGCCAAAGUACUGUCGAGCUCAUGUGGACGAUCAAGACUGCUGUCGACCCUCUCAACAUCAUGAACCCUGGGAAGUUGUAUCCAGAUGUCGAGAAGCGGCCAUGA